UUCUUAACCCUUGUCAGAAUCUGAGAGUCAAUUGACUUGGUCAGGCCCAUGCACCUUGGAAUUUUAUUUGAAGAAGAUGCCCAUGUGAACGAAGUCCGAGAUCAACAGGUUAGCAUAUAUGAUGGCCCAUUGUUAUCUUCUCUAACUGUAUUCUCAAGGAGAGAAAUUCAGGUCAUGGCUUCCUUCAUAUCGAGCUUGCGCUUCCACCUACUAUGUUGCCUUUCAGUGGUCUGGCUUCUAAUUCCACCUUCACAUUCAGCUGACCCCGAUCCCUUACAGGACUUCUGUGUAGCAAACAUCAGUGCCUCUAUAUCUGUUAAUGGUUUCCCUUGCAAACCAGCAUCCGAAGUAACUUCGGAGGACUUUUUCUUUGAUGGUUUUACCAAAGAAGGUAACACAAGUAACAUCUUCGCAUCCUCCCUGACACCAGCAAAUGUCCUUACGUUCCCGGGGCUAAAUACUCUUGGAAUUGCGAUGAAUCGGGUGGACUUUGCCCCUGGUGGAAUCAACCCUCCUCAUUCGCAUCCUCGUGCAAGCGAGACUGGUGUGGUAAUUGAAGGGAAGCUCCUUGUAGGUUUCGUGACCACUAACAAUGCAUUUUACUCUAAAGUGUUGAGUGCAGGGCAGAUGUUUGUGAUCCCUCGGGGACUUGUGCACUUCCAACUUAACGUUGGAGAAGGGAAGGCACUGGCUUACACGGCUUUCAACAGCCACCUGCCUGGUGCUGCGGUUGUUCCCUUUAAUCUCUUUGCUUCUUCAAUUCCAAGCGAAGUGUUAACCAAGACCUUCCAAGUGGAUACGGAUCUUAUCAAUACUAUACGAUCCAAGUUUGGGUCGUAACUCAUAAGAAAUUUGUAGGUCCUGCCCUGCUACUUGACUGGCCUUGUAUUACCUCUCUCAUUAUGUUCUGUUUUCUGUGUUUUUGUUUUUUCAUAUUUGAUUAUUGAACGUACGGAAAGGAGAAUUCAAUUGAAACCUAUUAUUUACACUA